GGGGUGUGCUGGCCCGGCCGGGCUGCAUGUUAGCGGCGCUCUCUCUCUUUCUCAGCCGCGGUCUCCAUAUUGAGGAGGCCUCGGGGCUGGGGGUGCGGGCGGAGGCGGUGGAAGGGCUGGGCCCCGCGUCCAUGCAGAGGGUGGCCGGGUUGGCUGCAGGUGGGCAGGUGGCUGGUUCAUAGGCAGGCAGGCUGGAUGCGUCUCUCUCCAUAGUAUCGUAUCGGGCGGGCGUGGGGGACUGACUGGGCAUUGUGACGGCGGCUGCCUCUGGGAAGUGGGUGGCUUGGCACUGCUGACGGCUGAGGAGAGCCUCCCCUCUGGGGGCCCUGGUGCUGGUUCUAGUUGCUGAGAUAGUGGGGGAGCGUGGUAGGCAGGCAGGCUCGGGUUGUACCCCCCGGAGAAGGGCUAACAAGACUGUUGAGGGUGUGUUUAGACGGAGCAGGGGGGUGAGUAUUUUGGAAGGGACUGGUGGACCUCAGUGAAUGGCUCUCUGAGGAGGAGUUGUCUGAAGUUGGGGUUGUCAGUAGAAAUAGGGUGAGCUUGGAUCCCAAAAGUGGGAAGCUAGGGCUGUCAGGGAAAACCCAGAAGGUUUGCCUUGGUUUGGGGCUCUUGAGGGGCUGCUGGUCAGUGACCCUCUGUGGAAUUUGAGUAGAUUGGGAUAUCUGAGGGUUAUUUGGUUGUGAGGGUGCUCCCUCACGUGCACCCACAGACAGCAGAGUGUUUCUGUGGGAGAGGUUAUGUGGGGUUUCUGGUAGGAAGGAGGCGUGCUUCAAUACCAGAGGAGGGUUCAACUGGGGCUGCAAGUUUGUUUGCAAAAGUGCUGCUUUAAAGUGGCAGGCUGCUUAAAGGUUUGGAACAGGAUAGUUACUUGUUCUGUGGGUCCUUAUGGGGGCAAUGUUGCUUUAAAAGGGAGACAUCUAGGAUAAGCAUGGUAUCUGAAGAUCUGCAAGGAGCAUCUUAGAGUACCGUUGAACCAUCUGGAGGAGUUGUGUGUCUGCUUCCAACUAGUGAACUCCUGAAGUGCGGUGAAAAGAUGGCUUGGGCUCUGAAGUUACCACUAGCGGAUGAAGUCAUUGAGUCGGGGCUGGUUCAGGAUUUUGAUGCCAGCCUCUCGGGUAUUGGCCAAGAGCUGGGCGCUGGUGCCUACAGCAUGAGUGAUGUCCUUGCUCUGCCCAUCUUUAAGCAAGAAGAAUCCACCUUGCCUCCUGACAAUGAGAACAAAAUCUUGCCAUUUCAGUACGUGCUGUGUGCUGCCACUUCCCCUGCUGUGAAACUCCAUGACGAAACUCUCACCUAUCUCAAUCAAGGUCAAUCUUACGAAAUCAGAAUGCUGGAUAACAGGAAGAUUGGAGAACUGCCUGAGCUAAAUGGGAAACUUGUAAAGAGUAUAUUUAGAGUGGUGUUCCAUGAUCGGCGGCUUCAGUAUACAGAACAUCAGCAGUUAGAAGGCUGGAGGUGGAACAGGCCGGGGGACAGGAUACUGGAUAUAGAUAUUCCAAUGUCAGUGGGAAUAAUCGAUCCCAGGGCAAAUCCGACACAACUGAAUACUGUAGAAUUUCUUUGGGAUCCUUCAAAAAGGACUUCUGUAUUUAUUCAGGUGCACUGCAUCAGUACAGAGUUCACGAUGAGGAAGCAUGGUGGAGAGAAAGGUGUGCCAUUCAGAGUCCAGAUCGAUACCUUUAAGGAGAACGAGAAUGGGGAGUACACGGAGCACUUGCAUUCCGCCAGCUGCCAAAUCAAAGUCUUCAAGCCCAAAGGAGCCGAUAGGAAGCAAAAGACAGACAGAGAGAAGAUGGAGAAGCGAACUCCUCAUGAGAAGGAAAAGUAUCAACCUUCGUAUGAGACUACAAUACUUACAGAGUGCUCUCCAUGGCCAGAAAUCACCUAUGUCAAUAACGUGCCAUCACCUGGCUUCAGCAGUUCUCACAGCAGCUUCUCUAUCAGUGAAGGCACCUUGGAGAUUAUACCUGGAGUUGCUAGGAGAAAAUCAGUCCUCAAAAAUGGGUCUCCAAAUCACCAGCCCGAACCUCCUGCUCCAAUUACAGAUAACCUAUUGCCAACUUCCACCCCUCAGGAAGCGCAGCAGUGGCUGCACCGGAAUCGCUUCUCCACCUUUUCACGUCUUUUCACAAAUUUCUCAGGGGCAGAUUUACUGAAAUUAACUAGAGAAGAUGUCAUACAGAUUUGUGGUCCUGCAGAUGGCAUCAGGCUCUUUAAUGCGUUGAAAGGACGGAUGGUACGGCCAAGGCUGACUAUCUAUGUCUGCCAAGAGUCACAGCAGUUAAGGGAUCAGCAGAAGCAUGAAGAUGGGGAUGCAGCCAACAGUACUUUCUUUGUCUACCAUGCCAUCUACUUAGAGGAGUUAACUGCUUUGGAGCUGACAGAGAAAAUUGCCCAACUCUUCAGCAUUUCCUCUCAACAGAUCAGCCAGAUCUACAAACAAGGCCCCACAGGGAUACAUGUACUUAUCAGUGAUGAGAUGAUACAGAAUUUUCAAGAUGAAUCAUGUUUUGUCUUGGACACAAUGAAAGCUGAAACCAAUGACAGUUACCACAUCAUCUUAAAAUAGAUGGAAACUGGGACUUGCCACAUCUUCUCAUGUGUACACACACGUGUGUACACACACACACCCCACACACUUUGCCACCUGUUCUGGCACCUGGACACCAAAAGAGACCCACAAAAGCAACUGAAACUCAUCUUACUUCCACAGUAUGUUGCCUGUUGAACAACCUGUACCGUUGUUGGCAUGCAGGUAGACAUCUCUUGUAAGCACACUCCUGCUUGUUCAGAGUUCAACUACAUGGCUACACCCACUUACCUGGUAAAAACUGCCAACCUGAUCAGUGAUGGAAACUUUGCAGUUAGGUCUUGGAGGGGGAUGCCAGGCAGUGAGGACCUGCCUACAGAUUGGAGCUGCAAUAUGAAGAUGAAUACGCACACCCUGGGCAUCUCUGGAAGCACGCAUCCAAUUCGGCAAGCCUCUUUAUGGCAUGUUUCAGCUGUUCAAGCUUUCUGGAUAUGAUCUGAUAGAGCCAGGGGGGUGCCAAAGGUUUUGUUUUUUUUUAAAUUAAAAAAACUGUUCUGGUGACUCAUUUAGGCAGAGGAGCAUGUGCGCAUGCGUACAUAUGAGUGGCUGUACCUUCUCUGCCAAUAUAAAGUUAGGAUAAACUUGGGUUUAUGAAACCUAGCAUCCAUAGGAUGGCUUGUGACUCUUACAGUCCAGUUCAAGAGACUUAAAACUGGACAUCAUGAGCUGUCCCUUUGUUUACUUAAUUAACCCAUCUCCCUGAUAGUGGGAGUUGGGGAAGGUGAAGGAUGUCAAACCCCCAUAUGGGUUACUUAUUUGGGAUGUGUAGAAUUGAUGUAGGCCAGUGCUGAAUGAAAUCCCAUGGAAGGAUUUGCGUAGUUGGGUCGUUAAAGAAAGGGCUCCUCCAGCAAUAGCUUAUAGUGCUUGUAGAAGCCUGGGAAAAGCUCCAUGGUGACAAAGUGCCUGCAUAUCUGUUUCCAAGGCAGCAACCAAUUGCUCGGGUAAAGGCUUCAGCCAUCUGAAAUGGAUGCCAAAAUCCAUUUUCUGAGUUUUAAGAGAGAAAUGGGGGAAGUGCUAGGGCUUCAAAGAUGACGCCUAAAAGUGUAUGGGUGGGCAGCUUGUCUGAAGAAUAAAGCCUACUUCUCCUUGGCCUUCCAAUCCCUCUAGCAGAGUGAAAAACCCAUGGUAAUGCUCAAAGUUCCUCCCAAUUUAGCUUGCAAGCUGUACCCUCAUUGUAUAUCACGGUGAGAAGGAUCCAGGCUAAGUUGGUCAUGACUAAGCACCAUUGAAAUAAAUGAGCUGAGUUAGUCAGGGCAAACUUAAGGCCCAUUUUUUUCACUUAGUCAUGGGGGGCCUAGUGAUGACUAACUUAGUCUGGAUAAUGCACAGUCAAGGUCUUCACAGGCAUUGCCAUGGCCAUAGAGCUGGAAGUUAGUAUAGGCUGUUUUUAACCUGAAUGAGGAAGGUGGGGAAAAUAACUUUCAUUUUAUUAAAUGAAACUAUGGGUGGGUGGGUGGGUGUGGGUGUGCUUGCGUGUCUCCAUCCCUAUCCUCGGAGUACUGGAUUGUUUGAGUAGUCUGUAUCAAUUUUACGUGAUUUUCUACCAAAAAUGUGUGUUUUUAAAAAAAUAGAUUUAAUUUGUUGUCUCAAAGAAGGCAGAACUCUGGGCCAGGUCAAGUGAAAUAAAGGAAAGAAGAGAACAAAACACAACCUGACAGUUGCGUAUCUGCAGCUUUUAAGCAGAAGCUAAAAUAUUACUCCCUAUCACAUUGAAGUAAAGAGAGAUCAGCUUGUUUUCAGCAGAUUUCCAGUCCAGUUGCCUUUGGAGCCUGACUAUGGCAUAGUCUAGUCCCACUUCCAAGAAGAUAAGCCAAAGGUGGCAUUUUGUUUGCAUUAAGGAAAAACCAAGACUCUGCAAUCAUUGACUUAAAUGGCUUAAGCAGUGUGCUGGAUCAGAUUGGAAACAAUGAUGGAACCAGUUUAGUGGUGGCCCAGAAAUAUCCACAUCUUUGGCCUCUAUAUUGAACAAAGCCAGUUUCCUCAUGUUCCAUUCCUAUUGAUGACUCUCCACAUAUAGUUUGAGCUAGCAUAAAAUUUGUGAACUAGCCUCAUCCCAGCCGUAAUCAAAGAUGGUGCAGAUCAAAUGAUGAAGCUUGUACUGGUGCUGGCUUUUGACGUACCUGCUGAGAAGGAUAAUCCUCGUUGUCCAUUCUCAACAGUACUUAAUUUUCAGUGCACAACUGGAAGUAUAAAUUUUAUCCCCUUCAUCCCUUGCCCCACAAAAUCCCCUGAGCUGGAAAAAAAGUCAUGUGGUUCUGCAAACCUCAAUGAGGGUAGCACCAUUCAUGUGCAAUGAGAGUACACCAUUCUUCUGAGCGCUGUAAUGAUUUAUGUCCUACUUUUUUGUUCCGUUUGUUUGGCUAAACCAUAGAAUGAAAUUAUGAACUCUAAAA